AUGUGACAUCACAUUUGACAAUGAAAUGACGGAUUGGUGGAAUAGUAGGAUUAGUGUUUUUAUAUUGGAAUCAUGGUUUAAUCGUUUGUGUCUCCCCCCUAGUAUUAACAGUUAUUAGAAAUUAUUAGUAAUAAGUAAUAACUAUCUUACUAGCAUGAUGUUAUUAGUCCAACGGUACAACUUUACUUCAUAUGGCAACAAUGUUCGAUAAUUUGGAAAUAUGCAAAAUCUUAAUCGCAAAUGGAAUGAACGUGAAUGCUGAGGACUACUUAAAGUUUACACCACUCCAUUCUGCCGCUCAAUACGGUUCAAAUGACAUGGUUGAAUAUUUAAUUGCAAAUGGAGCGAAUGUAACUGCUGUAGAUGAUUUGAAAUUAACACCUUUACACUGGGCUGCCAUGGGUGACAAUUUGAACGCUUGUAAAAGUCUAAUUGCACAUGGAGCGGACGCUCUUGCAAAAGGCAAAUGGAAUUUCACAUCUUUACAUUUCGCAGCCAUUCUUGGUACAAAGGAAUUAGCUGAAUAUCUGAUCGCACAAAGAGUUGAUGUCAAUGCUAUAGGUAGAGAUAUGAUUACGCCUCUUCAUUUGGCUUACUUUGCAGACAAUAAAGAAGUGCAAGAGGUCUUGAUUGGUAAAGGAGCAGAUGAAAAUGCAAAAGAAAAACAUAAUAAAACACCACGUGAAAUGGUUACUGAGAAUCGAAAAGAAGCAAAAACCGAAUUUAUUGCCUUAAUAAAUGGAAGAAAGAGAAUGUUCGAAAACUUAUAGGAAAUACAACGAAGAGUUUAUUGAUUGAUCAUGGCGCUGAUGUGAAUGCGAAUAACAUUGAUGAUAAGAUACCGAGUGAAAUAAGUACUAUUGGUGCUACAUUGAAUUCGAAAAAGACGUUUUGCAAUAAAAAAUGGUUUUAUUUCAUUUCUUAGAUAAUGAAGACUACGAUUUGCCACUAAAUGUUUAACUCUUAAAACGCAAAUGUAUAAAGAAAUAAAUCUUCGAAAAGAAA